AUGCCGGACCUGAAGUUUUUGUCACAAAACUUUCCAACCGCGGUUAAUUUCGCGCUGAAGAACUGUCCUAUUCGCCAGAGCGAUGUUCCAGUGAAAGGUUUUGCAGCUCUCAGCGUGGUCGUUAAUGUUGCCCAAGUACUUGAGUACGGGUUCAAACCCCUUCGGAAGAGCAGAAAUCUUCGCGAUGUAGGGGUCCCUGAUCCAGAACUAGACAACGGUGCGCGGCGAGUCCGAACAAUUGCAGCUAGCCUUAGUGCCCAAACGCUUCUGAAGAGUCACGAGGGUCUUCAAGAUCUAGCACUUCAAUGUGUUAUAGUAUCUGCGGAAUCUAUCGAGGAGCUUGACGCGCUUAAAGUUGUAGAUCCCAAGUCAAAAUGA